UAAAUAUUGGACAUGUGCUAUUCUUACUCUAAGCAGCUCAUUAAUAGUUUCGCCCUUAUUGCAUGGGAGGCAUGUCCGCAAAUCGUGGAAUUGCACUGCUCGACUACUCCCUGCGCUAGCACAUGGUCGUCCAACGCCCACCUCUUCGGCAGUAGAUUUGUAUGUCGCGAUUUUCAUGCCACUUUUUGGCUCUGGGCAUGCUCAGUAACACCACAGUUUGACGAUUUUGCAGGAAAUGAGCUCUUACAGGAAAUUGUUAUUGCCUAAACUUAGGAGGUGUGGUCUGAAUGCCACGUGACAGUGGUGUGAUUCGUUCGUUGUCGAAAGCGACGUCGUUUUUCCCUGCAGAGAGCAAGAGAAUUGGAUACGAAGUGCGAAGGCAGAAGGCGUUGGUGUUGUUGACGUUGAUGGGACAUACUUGGAAAGAAAAAGGCAGAGUCUCGUGUCUUCAAAUGUGAACGUUGCACCCCUCCCACCCCCAAACUUUCCACUUCAUGGAUGGCAAUCUGUUGAAGAAUCUAAUGCUGAACAGAUAGCGACGCAACUCCCGUGUCAACGCUGUAUACUUA